GGCGCUGAUAACAUAGCGUUGAUUUCCGUAACCUGUCCACCAUCUUCCUUUCAUUCUGACGCCUCAACACGGUUAAGAUGUCUUCGCAUUUGGUGUGGAGCAUAAUUCGUAAUAACAAUGCAUUCCUUCUCAAGAAGAGGAAUAUUGACAAACCGUUCAGUACUGAACCUAUGAAUUUGACCAAUUUAAACUCCUACAGAUAUAAUGGGUUAGUUCAUAAAAAAGCUGUAGGUAUUGUAGAUGCCACUGAUAAAAAAGGAUUUACCGUUGUUUAUAAGAAAGCUAAUAAACAAAAUAAGCCAAGAAAAAAUAUAAUUAAAACUACCAUGAAGGCUGGUCCAAGACGUUCCUUGGCUAAGUUGAAGAAUUUGAUGCAAAAGAAUAGAUAUCGUACCGAUUUGACCAAGGCCGCCCUUCGCAGAGCAUGCGCAAUCAGCAGGUCACAAAAGGUCAAGAAGGACAGACAGCAAAGACGCGCUGCUGUUAAGAAAACUGAAUAAGUGAUGUUUAUUUUUUAUUUAAAAGAUUUCAAUAAAUAUGAAAAAUUUU